UUACUGCAGUGAAUUUAAAUGGCUUGAACACAUAGUGCGCGGAAGAAACAGAGGAGCUAAACUUUGAGGAUUUUUAGAAGAGUUUUCAAAGUUUUAUAACUUGUUUGUCGCUGAUGUGACAGAGACAUCCGGGUCCCGGUGUGAGCACUCCCACCUCCGGCUGCCGGGUCGCUGUUAGCCGUUAGCUUCAGAGUAAGACGUAACGUCAACGGUUAGUUUCAAUUAAAAACAUGUCGUCAGGAGACCUGAGAGGUCCGUUUCUCUACAACCUGCCGCCGUCCGUCCUCUGGGAGUUCUGCCGGAUAAUGGACGGACUGUCGGACCUGGACUGGACCCGCUUUGCCUCGGAGGUCCUCGGGGAUCAGAUCGCCGUGCGAUUGGCCGAGAGGAGGGAGAGGCGGACCGAUUGGGUGAUGAACCAAUGGGAAACCAGGAACGGUCGAGUCGGGGAGCUGAUCGACCUGUUGGAGUGUUUGCAGCUGCUCCGCCCCCGUGAUGUCAUCCUGGGCUGGGUGUCCAGUCUGAAGCCUUCCUCCUCUCCUUCUCCUUCCCUGCCACCUCCACCUCCUACUCCUCCUACUGUGCCUCCUUCUCCUGACCCCUCUGAUCACACCCGCAGACUGAGCACGACAGUAGAUAAAGGAGGAGGAAGAACGCUCCCUCGACCGGCCCCCCCCCCAGAUCUGAAGUCUGACCUCCACCAACCCCCCGAGGCCCCCCCGGUGGUGGCGAGCGGUAGCGGUGUGAUGUGCUGGUCGUAUGAAGAGGUGCAUGCUGGGACGGCAGGGUUCAGCCCCUCCCUGCAGGUGGGGGAGGGGGGGUUUGGAGUCGUGUACCGGGCAACUCUGAGGAAAACCGACUGUGCUGUCAAGAGACUCAAACAGGACUGUGUGCUGGACCUGACUCUGCUGAAGGAGAGCUUUCAGGCGGAGGUGGACCAGCUGUCAAAGUUCAGACACCCUAACAUCGUGGAUCUGUUGGGUUUCUGUUUCUGUGAAGAAGAAGAAGGAUCGGUGUGUCUCAUCUACAGCUACAUGGAGAACAGAUCUCUGGAGGACCAGCUACACAACGAGUGUGUGUCUCUCUCCUGGUCCCAGAGACUCUGUGUUGUAGAAGGAGCAUCAGCAGCGCUGCAGUUCCUCCACUCCCCCCCCGACGGACACAGAGCGCUCAUCCACGGAGACGUCAAGAGUUCAAACAUCCUGUUGGACCGCCACCUUGUGGCGAAGCUGGCGGACUUCGGUCUGGCUCGGUUCGCGUCCCGCGGCGCGCCGGGACGCACGGCGACUCAGACGGCGUCCGUCGGUCAAACGGCGACGGUCAGAGGAACGCUGGCGUACCUGCCCGAGGAAUACGUGAGGAACGGCGAGCUGGGGACAGCUUUGGACGUCUACAGCUUCGGAGUGGUGUUGUUGGAGGUCCUGACGGGUCGUCGAGCUCUGGAGAAAGACGGGAAGUCUAGAGAGAGAUACCUGAAGGACCUGGUGGACGAGAUUGAGGACAGUCCUGGUCCGUCAGCAGCAGCCUGGAGGAAACAGCUGGACCACCGGCUGAUCACAGGGGGCGCUGCGGAGCCGGCCGGCUACAUGGAGGUGGUGGCUCUGGCCCGCAGGUGUCUGGACAAGAAGAGGAAGAAGAGGCCGGCCAUGACCGAGGUCAGAGAGAGAGAGAGAGAUGUUCAUAUUAUAGUGUAUCAAACUGGUAGCUCUUCGUGUUUGACAAACUUCGGGACGUCAGCGCCAGAGCGAGGAAGACGGGCUCCCCCUCCCCUUCCCCUCCCCCCCAGACCCCCGCCCCUGGACUCCAGCGUGGGACGCCUGUCCGACCAGCUGUCCAAACUGGGCCCCCUGGAGGACACCUACCAGGCCGCCUCGUCCUCUCAGGGCUCCUCGUCUUUCUGCUUCCUAACCCCUCCUGACCCGCUGCACUCCUCCUCCUCCUUCCCCCCCUCAUCUUCCUCCUCUUCUUCUUCCUCCUCUUUCGCCGGUCCGUGUGAAACCGACGAGAGUCGAGGCUUCUCCCAGUACGACCUUCGCUCCCCGUUCAGAUCCAACGGGACCACCAGCUCCGGGUCUCUGUCUUCAUCCGCCAGAGAGCGCUGUCCCCGUCCCGCCCGGCCCACUGAGUCCCCAUCGAGCCAGCCUUCUGUCCCCACUGAGGACCAGUACAACUUCCCUCCACAGCCCAGCGGGGACAGGCCAGGGCCAGGAGCCGGGGCCGGAGCCUGGGCCCCCCUGAGACCAGAAACUAAAGAGCAGAGCACAGCCGGGAUCUAUGGCGUCCCAGAAUGCUUCUCUCCCGCGGGGCCCUUGCAGUCUGCGUCCCCGGAGCCCUCAGUCCACAUGAAUCCCAGUAAGCAGCGUCUCCUGCAGAAGAAAACUCUGUACGAGGAGGGAAAGAUCCAAACUCCCGAGCUGCUGUCGUCCGAUGACCUCUACGGAGGGAGGAGCUCUGACCGAGGACCGGAGGAGAGCGACGAGCUGGAUUUCCUUCCUGCGCAACACGACUGACUCCGCGAGCGUUGUGAACUGUUUCAGAGUCAGACUCCCCUCACGCAGCCCCGUGAAGAAGGUUCAACUUCUCCCCCCUCCCCUGGGUCAAGAUGAGGCACAGGUGCUACCAUCCUGAUCACACGCACACACUUUGUGCGUCCGUACCGUGAACUUCAACUGGCUCAAGCAAACACUUUUCACAAGCGAUGUAUUUUAGGGGACCACUAAAGUAACAUCUCAGUAGCCUACUUUGUUAUUUUUUUUUUUUAUUUUAGGUACCUGUAAUAAUCAGAUGAUGUCUGCACUGUUUCACAUUCUGAGCUAAAAAAAAUUGCACUGAUGAGAUGUAACGUUAUUUUAGGGAACCAUCGGUGGGUGGGAUCACAGGGUGCCUCACGGUACGAUACCCGGCUCACGAUACCGAUAAUAUCACGAUACAGCAAUACUGUGAUCAAUCAAUACAUCACUAGACAGUCCUAUCACGAUAUCGCUCCAAUUAUGAAUACUAACAUGAAAAGGUUAAAGGUGCUGCAGGGUUAGGGUUGAGAAGAUCCAGGACUUAGCCAAAAAUAUUUUAACAUCGACAACUUCUCAGUCCCCACCCCAUUUCCGCUAAAGCCCAAAAUGGUCCUCCUAAGCCCCUCCUCCCACAAGGGAGAAUGAAUGCGUGUGCAUGAGCAGUAAUUGACACGCAGUUAAGACACCCCCACUGGCCCUGAUUGGUGCAUCUGAACAGGGAGAGGUGGAUUUUUGCAAAUCCCACUCAAGGCUGUAGGUGGAGCCAGAGAAGCUGGAUUUACUUUUUAAUGACCAGCUUCAUGUAGUUCUACUGGAACAUAGGGUCAGUUUCAGCUAAUAUGACAGAAUGGUAGUUUUAUAAGUCUUACCUACAGCACCUUUUUAAGUGCAGGUUUUCUCUCUUUAUUCACUGCAAGUCCAAACUGUUACCUUAUCUUCCACCGGGCGCGCCUGCGCGGGACAGCGGGAGCAUCCUGUUAGUUUCAGGCCAAUCACAUCACGGUGGGCGGGGCUUAGGUCUUCUGGAAGACUUGGAGUUCAGC